GUAUGGUAGAGGUUGGAAUCACCUCAAUUAUUUAAAUUUCGAGCGGCUCAAAACGUAACCUUUGAACCUUUAUUUUUACCCGGAACAACAACAGUCUGUACAUUUUCUCCGAGUAUUUUACGCAUAGUCAUGUAGACGUUUGAUUUUAAAAAGCAAAGACUUAGUGCCUCUUAAUUAAAGUGUUUUUCCAUGGCUUCUUCUGCUCGUCUAAGAAUUUACAUGAACGAUAAUGGACCAUUAAUAUUGGACGGCGGACUAGCGACUGAACUAGAAGCGCAAGGAGCCAAUUUAAAGGGAGAUCCUUUGUGGAGUGCCAGGCUUCUCCAUACUAAUCCCCAGGCCAUAAGAGAUGCUCAUUACAGGUUUCUCAUCAGUGGAGCUGAUGUUAUCACAUCAGCGACAUACCAGGCAAGUAUUCCAGGAUUCACCAGUCACCUGGACGUGAGCCCUGAACGCGCCAGAGAGCUGCUGAUGUCUGGGGUUCACCUGGCCAAAGAGACUGUCCAAAGAUUUGUCUCCGACACUGGCCCGACAGGGCAGAGAUGUCCCCUGGUGGCAGGCUCUGUUGGACCGUACGGGGCCUUUCUGCUCAACGGCGCCGAGUACACCGGGGCUUAUGCAGAGGAGAUGAGUAUUGAAGAACUUAAAAUUUGGCAUCGGCCACAGGUCGACUGUGUAACAGCAGCGGGAGCGGACCUCAUUGCUUUUGAGACGAUCCCAAGUAUCAAAGAGGCAGAGGCUCUGGUUGAGCUGCUCAAGGAGUUCCCAAACUCUAAAGCCUGGCUCUCCUUCUCUUGUAAGGAUGGGAAGUGUAUAUCGGACGGCAGCCCGUUCACAGACGCCGUGCAGAUGGCUAACAGAUCCACGCAGCUGGUUGCUGUAGGAGUCAACUGCUGCUCAGCAGCACUGGUGGAGCCACUGCUGGACUCUGGCAGAUCCCUGCUGGGCCCAGACAUGAGCUGGGUGGUGUACCCCAACAGUGGAGAGGACUGGGACACUAAGCAUGGGUGGCUAACAUCUGGGAACACAUCAGCAUUAAUACCCAAACUAAGUCGCACAUGGAUGAAGCAAGGUGCUGCUUUGAUUGGGGGUUGCUGUCGUAUUGGUCCCGCUCACAUAGCAGAGUUACGACAAGAGUUAAAAGGAAGUCGCACAUCUGCAGCCUCUGCAGUGUGACUGGACUGAAAAUGUAACGGGGAUUGUUGAGAAGAAAGAUGUCGGUUUGUUCCAAGAGUUUAUAAAAAUGUUUUAAUUUAUUGGGAAAUAAAUAAUAAAUAAACCACUACAUCAAAUCACUCAAUGACAUCUGUGUUGGGUCAAAGACAAAUGGCACCGCACAGCUCCAACCAAACUGGCUGUACAUGAACAUAAAAAUAAACCAUGCAGUCUUCACUU